AUGGAGCCUGUCCAACCGUUUCUCAUUUAUGCUGAGCACCUGGAAGAUCUUCGACGUUGUGUCGAAAUGCCGUCUCUGAGAUACCCAAGUGACAGUGGAUCGGGGCAAUUGAGGAACUUUGGAUCGAACAAGACCUUUAGUGCACAUGGAACUAUCGUCACUGCUGCUGCGACGCUCGACAAAUGUUUGAUAAGCCAGCUGUCCUGUGCACAAAUUCCGGACCAUGGCCUUGUGAAUUCCGCUCGAGAUAGGAGGGCAUCGAAUCACUCUCAUAUUUCAAAAUCUUCCCCGGCUAAUACUGCGCCAGUGGAAAUUCUCCAUCAAAUUUUCUUUAUGCUUUCGCCUCACGAUUUUGACAAUGCUCGGCGUACCUGUUCACAGUGGAUGACGGCGAGUCUCAACCGCAGGUUGUUGGAGAACAUGCUCAAAGACGCCGGCUGGUGGGAUGCAUUUUUGCGUGACGUGAGAGACCCUCGCGAGGGUUGUCUCUCAGCAUACCACGAGAGCCAUGUUUGGAAAAUGAGCAGACGCCUUGCGACCGAAUGUCUGUUGUCAGGGCAAAGGACAGCUGUGAGCAGAUCGCGGUUUCAUAGAUCUGCGGUCAUCGAUUUCUCGAAUCUCCCCCGGGGCAGCUUCAAGACACGAAGAAUUAGUCCUAGGCAUGUCAUUUCAAGUGAUAUCGCGAGAAGCCAUCUCGAUGCACGUUCGACUUUCAAGGUGGGCAACUGCAACAAUCAUGUCCUGGUGACAGCUGGUUGCACUAUCUACUUAUAUCGUCUGCUGCACGGGCGAAAAGGCCUCUCUCUAUCGCCCAAAACGAAGUCCCAAGAUCUUGAGCUAAUAUCACGAAUUGAAUGCCCCAGUGAGGUUCUCCUGGCUACCAUGGACACGAGACCUUCCCAUAUUGCUGUAGCUGCGCUGUUACAAAACCGAUGUUCCAUGAUCUGCACCGUGGACUCUUCUGCUGGAUCAGAAGCAACGAACCACCGCGAAUGUAAGCCCGCCGAGCGACGACAAGCACACUCAGCGACCCGAUUUUUCAGCAACCUCUGUUCUGAGGAUCAUCCACCACGCACUGUCGCACUGCUGCCCGGCCGGCAGUGUGUCGCCUUUGGCUGUGCAGGAGGCGUCGAAAUACACUGGCUCGACGAGAAGACAGGCGGGACUCAAUGCAGACGACUCCCCAUGUCGCAACCGUCUGAGAUUCUGCAUUUCCUUCCAAGCUCCAAUGAUGAUCCUGCGGAGUUUCGACUCAUCUCAUCCCUGGCUGGUCCGGGUCCUCAUGAGUGCAGUUGCCGCCAAUCACCCGUGCCCGACCAUUCGCAAACAUGUCCCUUUCGCAUUCUGUCCAACAAGAAUCUCCUCGGUGGCCGCACUCAAUACAGCACGUCAUCUCUGAGCCUGGUCCGGGCCACUCACUGCCAUAAUUACCGUACCGUGCCCAUCAACGAUGGACUACAUAUGAUCUUCGUGGAUCCUCGUACAGGAAAUUUAUCCAUUGGAUCAAAUUCGCCUAUCGGUGGUCCGGCGAGUUUAACACGAGGAUUUGUGUGUGUCCCUCCCUUGACAAAUGAUCCCAAUAACAAUGUGAAGGAAGGCAUUUCGCCCGCAGCAUUCGCUGUCGGCUCAGAUCUGGACUGGGGUCUCCGUGUUGUCGCCGCAUAUCAAGAUCGCCUGAUCUUGUAUUCGAUUCCAGCCGAUAUAUACAAUGUCAUUCGAAAGGAGCGUGAGCGUCAGAACGGAGACUUCAUGGGAGACGGUGUGAUCCCGCAUAGCUGGCUGACCGACUCUGAGAGAAUACACAAGCAUUGCGACAACCUUGUCCGCGACCAGAACUGCGAUUUGGAGGUUGCCUUAAGCGUCAGCUAUCCGUCAACAUCGAUGGUAUGGCCGUUUAAAGUCUACGGCAAGGAAAUCGGUCGCGUUGACGAUGUGGUCGAAGUCGCUUUGCAAACUUCGAACGGAGGCGCCCGAGCCUGGGCCUUUGCUGCGUCCGGACAGGCGCAUGUAUUCGAUAUUGAUACGGUCUCUACCACAGCGAAGCUUAUGUCUCGAGCGCCGGUCAGUACGUGCGUGGUCAACUCCAAAGGCGAAAUCGUGCCCUCUGCUGUGCAGGCUUGUGCCCCUUCUGGGACCCAGACGCAACCACAACUAAAGACUCGUAAACGGAAACGCACAGAGCCGCAUAACACUUGGACCGGUCAAUCCGCAAAAGCUCGCUUUGCUUCUGGGGCGACCUUGACAAGCGCAGGAACCGCAGACCACCCGUCUCCGGCCUCGAUGCAUCCUCAAGAUACGUCCACGAAACGAUCCUCGUUCGCGGCAUGCAUUUUUGAUUUCAAGAUUCCGGAUCUGAGUCUCAGUGAUGGUGUAUGGGUUGUAUGA